CCUCUAGUCCUUUUUGCUCCCUUUCUAGUCUCUUAACAUCUCGCUGAUCAUAUCUAGAGAGAUAAAGAGAGCGCUCUAUUUUGCAGAAGAGAGAGAAAACCAUCACAAAAAUUAUGGCGGAAACUAAUUUCAUCCAAUUCUUCGUUAAACUUAUCGACAACAAAACCCUAACUCUCCAAUUCCCAAUUUACCAAACCCUAACACUCCAAUCAAUCAAACACAAGAUCGAAACUCUAACAAAAAUCCCAAUCGAAUCCCAAAACCUAACCCUAAAUGGAAAAUUCCUCUCAAAUUCAUCCCCAAUUUCACGGAAAUCCCUCUCUCUCUCCACCUUACACCUCCAAUUCUCUCUCCUCGGAGGCAAAGGCGGGUUCGGAUCUCUCCUUCGUGGGGCGGCGACAAAGGCGGGGCAGAAGAAGACGAACAAUUUCGACGCGUGUCGAGAUAUGAGUGGACGGAGGUUGCGGCAUGUGAAUGCGGAGAAAAAAAUGGAGGAGUGGAAAGCAGAGGAAGAAGAGAGAAAGAUGGAGAAAAUGGCGGAAGAUUAUUUGAAGAAGAUGGAGAAGAAAGGGAAAGGUGGGAAGAAAGAUGAUGGAGCUGAGAAGUAUGUAGAGAAGUAUAGGGAAGAAUCUAGAAGGUGUGUUGAAGAAGUUGAGAGGUCGGUGAGAGAAUCUAUGGGAGAGUUGUUGGGUGCUGGGAAGAAGAAAAGGAAGUUGAUUGGUGGUGUUUCUGAUGCUAAAAAAUUGAAGAUUUGGAAGGGGAAGAGAAAAAUGGGUGAAAGUGACAGUGAUGACUCAGACGGAGACACAGAAAGUGAUGGUAGUGAUGCCGAACAUGAAAAAUCAGUUGUCACUGAUAAUGGAAACCAGUCAGACUCAAGCAAGGAUGCUAGCUCUGCUUCAGUUACAGUUCUUUCAUUGGACAGGGAUAAUCCUAGUGGAGGUUCUUCAGAUAGCGGAUCUGAAGAAGAAAAAGAGAUGGCUGCUGGAGGUGUUACUGGAGUUAGUGCUACAGCAAGCGGAAGUAAUGGUGUGGUGAAUGGGGAUGUUCCUAUGGAGAUGUCAUCAGGCCCAGAGAUGUCUGCUUCAGCAGAAGUGGCUUCUACCUCUGCCAAAAUUGAGGAUGAACAAGAUCCUAAUGAACCUCACUCCAGAGUCACAACUGCUACUGACCAGUUGUCCGUUGCCUCUACUUCUGUAGAGCUAGAUGGUCCUCAGACCGUUGUUCCUGAACUUCCUGGAGCAUCUGAGUCUAAAGCUAUUUCUCCUGACGAGGGGGCUAUUGGGAGCUCAAAUGCAUCAGAUGUUUUAUCGCCAGUGAAUUUGGAUGAUUUUAACUCAGCUUCUGAACUGGAGGUUCUUGGAAUGGAAAGGUUGAAAUCUGAGCUACAAGCACAUGGAUUAAAAUGUGGAGGCACCCUACAAGAGCGGGCUGCUAGGCUUUUUUUGCUGAAAACCACGCCAUUGGAGAAGCUUCCUAAGAAGCUGCUGGCAAAAAAAUGAGAUUUUUGCUGUUUCUAUUGAAUGAAGCUCUCACUGCCUACAUUACUCUGCAAGACGGCGGCUUUCUUUGAGCUCUAAUAUAGUCCGUUAAUGUUGUUACAAGCUUCGAGUUGGAAACAUUAUCAAGUACCUCUCUAGCUACAUAGUGAAUGUCUUUGUAAUUUCCUUUUGGUGUAUUUACUGUAUAUUAUGUGCACUGUUGGAAAAUUUUUGUUAUAUAAAUCAUGCCAGUUAUAACUCA